AUGCCUGUUCCAGACCAGCCCUCGUCUUCUGACAAGACAAGUUCCCUUAGUCCUGUGCUGAACACAUCCAAUGGCGAUGGCUCUGAAACUGAGACAACCUCUGCAAUUCUAGCUUCAGUCAAAGAACAGGAACUGCAGUUUGAGAGACUGACUCGAGAACUUGAGGCUGAACGUCAGAUUGUAGCAAGCCAGCUGGAGAGAUGUAAGCUUGGAUCAGAAACUGGAAGCAUGAGCAGCAUUAGUUCAACAGAAGAGCAAUUUCACUGGCAAACACAAGAUGGUCAGAAGGAUAUAGAAGAUGAACUCACCACUGGUCUGGAGCUGGUGGACUCCUGUAUUAGAUCACUGCAGGAAUCAGGGAUACUCGAUCCACAGGACUAUUCAGCCAGUGAAAGGCCCAGCCUCCUCUCCCAGAGUGCACUCCAGCUCAAUUCCAAACCUGAAGGAUCCUUCCAGUACUCAGCCAGCUACCACAGCAACCAGACCCUGGCCCUGGGUGAAACAGCGUCCGCCCAGCUCCCGUCCCGCAGCAGUCAGGCCAGAGGUGCCAUCCAGAGCUACAGCCAGCAGGGCCCGGGGGGCCGCGGCGCCCACCCGGGCGGCCCGGAGCCGCCGCCGCCGCCCGCCGCCCCGCAGCCGCGGGAGCCCUUCGCGCCCAGCCACGGCAGCGCCUUCCACCUGCCCGAGCCCCAGCACGCCGCCGCGCUCUACUACGCCAGCUCCACGCUGCCGGCGCAGCGGGUGAGCUCCCCGCUGCCCGCCCAGCCCGGCGGCUCCCCCACCAAGCUGCCGCGGGCCGGCUCCGCCGCCGAGGGCGCCGCCUACGCCACCGCGCAGCGCCUCUCCUCCCCGAAGCAGUCCCCCAGCCGCCUGGCAAAGUCCUACAGCACCAGCUCGCCCAUCAACAUCGUCGUCUCCUCGGCGGGACUGUCGCCGUCCCCCAUCCGAGUGACCUCCCCGCCCACCGUCCAGUCUAACAUUUCCUCCUCUCCUAUCCACCAGUUAAGCUCCACCAUCGGCACUUACGCCACCCUGUCGCCUACCAAGCGGCUGGUUCACGCUGCCGAUCAGUACAGCAAGCACUCCCAGGAGCUGUACGCCACCGCCACCCUGCAGAGACCCGGCUCCCUCGCAGCUGGGUCUCGGGCAUCUUACAGCAGCCAGCACAGCCACCUUGGCUCCGAGUUAAGGGCACUGCAGUCUCCAGAACACCACAUAGAUCCUAUUUACGAAGACAGAGUUUAUCAGAAGCCCCCUAUGAGGAGUCUCAGCCAGAGUCAGGGGGACCCUCUGCAACCAGCACACACAGGCACAUAUCGCACUAGUACAGCCCCAUCUUCCCCUGGUGUCGACUCCGUACCCUUACAGCGCACAGGCAGUCAACACGGCACACAGAACGCAACCGCGACCUUCCAGAGGGCCAGCUAUGCGGCCGGCCCCGCCUCCAAUUACGCAGACCCCUACCGACAGCUGCAGUAUUGUCCUUCUGUUGAAUCUCCAUACAGCAAAUCUGGGCCAGCCAUCCCACCCGAAGGGACCUUGGCUAGGUCACCUUCCAUUGAUAGCAUUCAGAAAGAUCCCAGAGAGUUUGGAUGGCGGGAUCCAGAGCUUCCAGAAGUUAUACAGAUGUUACAGCAUCAAUUUCCCUCAGUACAGUCAAAUGCUGCAGCCUACUUACAACACCUCUGUUUUGGAGACAAUAAAAUAAAAGCAGAGAUAAGAAGACAAGGCGGAAUACAAUUACUGGUGGACCUGUUGGACCAUCGGAUGACAGAAGUCCACCGUAGUGCCUGUGGAGCCUUGAGGAACUUGGUGUAUGGGAAGGCAAACGAUGACAACAAAAUAGCUCUGAAAAACUGUGGUGGUAUCCCAGCAUUAGUACGGUUACUCCGCAAGACUACAGAUUUGGAAAUCAGAGAACUGGUCACAGGAGUUCUCUGGAAUCUAUCCUCCUGUGAUGCACUGAAAAUGCCAAUCAUCCAGGAUGCCCUUGCAGUGUUGACCAAUGCAGUGAUCAUCCCUCACUCUGGAUGGGAAAACUCUCCACUCCAGGAUGAUCAUAAAAUACAACUCCAUUCAUCACAGGUGCUGCGCAAUGCCACUGGGUGCCUAAGGAAUGUCAGCUCUGCUGGAGAGGAGGCCCGCAGGAGGAUGAGGGAGUGUGAUGGCCUGACAGAUGCAUUGCUGUACGUGAUCCAGUCUGCUCUGGGGAGCAGUGAAAUUGAUAGUAAGACCGUUGAAAACUGUGUGUGCAUUUUGAGGAACCUCUCAUACAGGCUAGCUGCAGAAACAUCUCAGGGACAGCAGAUGGGAACAGAUGAACUUGAUGGAUUACUCUGUGGUGAUGCCAAUGGAAAAGACGCAGAGAGUUCAGGGUGCUGGGGGAAGAAGAAGAAGAAAAAGAAAUCACAAGAUCAGUGGGAUGGCGUAGGACCUCUCCCAGACUGUGCAGAACCACCCAAAGGAAUCCAGAUGCUGUGGCACCCUUCAAUAGUCAAACCCUACCUCACACUUCUUUCUGAGUGCUCAAAUCCAGACACGCUGGAGGGGGCAGCAGGGGCACUGCAGAACUUGGCUGCUGGGAGUUGGAAGUGGUCAGUGUACAUCCGUGCUGCUGUCCGCAAGGAGAAAGGAUUGCCAAUACUGGUGGAGCUGCUGCGGAUAGACAAUGACCGGGUGGUGUGUGCAGUUGCUACAGCUUUACGAAACAUGGCCUUAGAUGUCAGAAAUAAAGAGUUAAUAGGCAAGUAUGCCAUGAGGGAUCUGGUCCACCGACUGCCAGGCGCUAACAACAGCAACAGCUCGGCAAGCAAGGCCAUGUCUGAUGACACCGUCACUGCCAUUUGCUGCACUCUGCAUGAAGUCAUCACUAAAAACAUGGAGAAUGCCAAGGCCUUACGAGACGCAGGCGGCAUUGAGAAACUGGUUGGCAUAUCUAAGAGUAAAGGAGACAAGCAUUCGCCUAAAGUGGUGAAAGCAGCAUCUCAGGUCCUCAAUAGUAUGUGGCAGUACAGAGACCUGAGAAGUCUCUACAAGAAGUGGGCGUCCCCAAGCUUCAGUGUGACUGAUGACAGAGGAUUUUCACCAACCCACGACUCUGGGUCAUGGCACGCUCAGCACACUCUCUCCCAGAGCCAAGAAACCAGAAUCUAUUCCCCAACCCAGGAUGGAUGGUCACAGUAUCACUUUGUAGCCUCAUCUUCAACAAUAGAGCGGGACCGGCAAAGACCGUACUCCUCAUCCCGCACGCCCUCCAUCUCUCCCGUGCGCAUGUCUCCGAACAACCGCUCAGCAAGUGCCCCAGCCUCACCUCGGGAAAUGAUCAGUCUAAAAGAAAGAAAAACAGACUAUGAAUCAACUGGAACUAACGCCACUUACCAUGGAAGUAAGGGAGAACACACUUCUAGGAAAGACACCAUGACAGCAAGAGUCAGCUGCUCACUGAAGCAUGGCAGAGUGGGAAUGGUGUUCCCAGGAAUGCCACCUGCAUGUUCAGAAACAGCUCAGAACACUGGAAUCUCAACUCUGUACAGGAAUUCGUAUGGUGCGCCUGCUGAAGAUAUCAAACAUAACCAGGUUUCAACACAGCCAGUUCCACAGGAGCCCAGCAGAAAAGAUUAUGAACCAUAUCAGUCAUUUCAGAAUUCAACAAGAAACUAUGACGAGUCCUUCUUUGAGGACCAAGUGCAUCAUCGUCCACCUGCAAGCGAAUACAACAUGCACCUGGGACUAAAGUCAACUGGCAACUACGUCGACUUCUACUCAGCUGCUCGUCCCUAUAGUGAACUUAACUAUGAAACAAGCCACUAUCCAGCCUCUCCCGACUCCUGGGUUUGAGACUUGGGCAGAUACAAAAGCUCCAGGAACUGUGCAUGUGCAUGCAUACCACGAGACAUUUUUUUUCCUGCAAAUUUAGUUUGUUAAAGCCUGUUCCAUAGGAAGGCACAGAUAACCAGUAUGGAAAAAAUUAAGAGAUUUUUUUUUUAGAAGGCUAAAAGAUAUGAAAGCUAAACCUGGGAGUAAUUAGAAAGAAAUAUAUAUAUACAUAUAUAUAUUUUACAGUGUGGGGCAACUUUACUGUUGGCCUGUAGAGUCUAAAGUUCAGUGCUGUAUAUUGAACGUGGCUGAAGGAAGGAGGAAGAACAUGACAGUGGAUCUGGGUCAAGAGUUAAGCACAAGUUACUGAGCAGCGUACAUACUUUAUGGGGAACAGCUUCUCACACUUUGUUUAAUAUCCUCAUUCAUUGUGAAUCUAGGCUUCAAGUUGCAUUUGGGGUUUCCUCUGUACAGCAAGAUGUUUCUUGCCUUUUGUUAAUGCAUUGUUGUAAAGUAUUUGAUGUACAUUACAGAUAAAAAAAAAAGGUGCAUUGUGUAUAUUACACCAAUGCCACAGUGUUUCUUCAUCUAUGGUUCUAAAUAUUGCUUCAAUUUCAAAUUUUGAAAGAUGUAUGAAUUUCCAGUUUUUUUGUUUUCUUUACCCCGGUGCGUUUUAACAAAAAAAAAAAUCAAAAAAAAAAAUCAAAAAAACAAAAAGGAAUAUUUAGCAGUAUUGUUUGUUCUGAUAUGUGAAUUUGUUUGUGGCAACUCAAAAAAAAAGGCAUUCAGCAGUUUCUGACAAUUAACAUUCAUCAUUCCACACUCCUUGUCAACGAAGUGCUUUUUCACUGCCUAAAAUUUUAGAUGUAGAUAUUUGAAAUAGAUUUUUUUCAUUUAUACCAGUUUUCUUUAUGAUGAUACAGUGUUAAAAGAAAAUAAAUUACAAUUGAUCUGUCAUCCA